AUGUGGAACUUCAAUUUCGACCUCAGCAAGAAGUCCGAUAACAAGGACACCAAGGCCGAAGAGGCGAAGCCCUAUGUUAACAAAUGGAACUUUGACUUCGACCUCAAGAAGAAGCCUGGUGACAAGGACACCAAGGCCGAAGAGGCGAAGCCAUAUGGGGCUAUUAAGAGCCCGUACCGUUUCGGCUCCGCAUGCCCGCCUGCUCAGAACCCGGCCUCUGCCGUGUUCAGCGUCGCUCUGGCCAUGAUACGCAAUCACGACGAUGCCCACUAUGACUACGCCCUCAGGCACAUGACGGGCGAGGGCCCGGUCUCGUGCGGCUCGUACAUCGCCAACCCUGGCAUGAAGCACGUUUACCGCGCCACGGAGGCUUUGGCCGCCACGGUCGGUAAAAGCCAAAGGGUCUCUUCUCCUUCGAUGACGGAGACGAAGAGUGGCGCACGCAGCAGCAAAACCUUCUCUGGUUCCCCACUCAGGAUCAGCAUCGAUGUCCCGGGAUUCAUCAAGAGAGAGCUGGCGAAGCGCGCUGGCGAGGAACCAGAGGACAGCUCUCCCUCCGGAUCCCAGGGAUCCGGUUCCACGAAACCCGUACCCAGUUUCACUCCUCCAGCCUACUGCCUUGACAUGUUUGCGCAGCAGGGCCAAGUGGGCGGGAACGCUUUCCAUGCUUCCAAGGACGCCUGCCCACUGGAGGAGGACGACUGUGGCUCGGAGAGCCAAGAAUCCAGCGUCGACUUCGCCGCCAUGUACCGUUCUGGUACCGGCGAUCAAGCCCACAACUCCCACUACCGAAGGAUCGGGGAGCCAGUCAACCUCGAGAUGGAGGCCCUUCGCAUGCGUGACGCAACUACUUGUCGGGCCGUGAGUCGCCGAGUCCCUACCACCCGCGGCAUCGUUGCUCCGCCCUCCGCCACGGGCCUGAGCACUGCUCCCACCAAAACAAACAAGCAAACUAUUGGGGAUCUCGAGCAGGCCAACGACUCGUACUUUACAUACGUGCCCGACAGAGAGAGAGUAGGCGAACCCAUCGAGAGGGAGACGGAGUACAUCGGCAUGUGUAUCGCGGCUGCGACCAACGAAGACGAGGACAAGGCAGAGACCCAGGAAACGGAGACGGAAGCAUGUGGAAAAACCCAACCAGCGAAAAGGCACGGAGUAUUGGACAAGAAGCACGGUAACUUUCUCCUGGCAAGCACAGACAGUCUCGUUCGAUGUAGGACUCUACCCUGGAGCGACCCGGUGACAAGGUUGAUUGCCGGAACCGAGGUGUGCGGACGAGAGCGAGCCAUCGCCGGUUUCCUCGCGGCGCCCCGCAGGCUUUUGGACACACUCGCCGGGCUUUGCGGGCCCCGGACGGUGGCUGGACGUCCCACCUCGGGCCGGCGAUCCGAAACAUCCGGAUGCUAG